UAUAUAUAUAUAUAUAUAUGCGGAGCGCGGUCGUCGUCGUCUGCUCGUUGUGGUCGAUGGAAUUGGAGGAUCUGCCUUCUCCCGUCCUGGUGGAGAUACUAAGUCGGCUCGGCGAUUCGACCGAGCUGGCCCGGUGCCGCCUCGCCUCCCGGACCCUCCGCUCCCUGUCCCGUGACGUCCGAUCCGUCCGCCUCUUUUGCUCUCGCGACCGCUUCCUCCGGUCCCGCGCCCCUGACACCUGCGACCACGACACCCCUUUCAGGUCCCUCGUCGCCAACCUCGCCUCCUUCCUCUCCGCCUCCCCCGGCCCCCUCGCUCUCGCCCUUGCAGCCGAGCGGCCCCUCUCCGCCCCCGCCGACGAGGUCGACGACGCCGACGACCUACACCUCACCGCCGUCCCUUUCCUUGCCCGGUGGCUCCCCCUCCUUGCCGCCCGCCUCCGCUCCCUCGCCAUCGACGAUUACUGGCUCCAGUCGUGCUGGCGCCCUUCCCAGGCUUUAUCCCUCAUCGCCGACAUCUGUCAUGAUCUUGUAAAUUUGGAGGUCAGAAAUGCUUGGCUGUCGGUUGAGGAGCUAAAACCAAUGCACAAAUUGACUUCACUGACCCUUGAAUUCAUAAGACUAGAUGAUGCAAACCUCGACAAGGUGAAUGAAUGUUUCCCUUCUCUCCAAGCUCUUAACUUGAUCGGGGUUGGUGGGCUUAAGGAGCCCAAAAUUCAUCUUCUACAACUAAGGGUCUGCACGUGGACGGUUUCAAAUUUUGUGCUAUCUCUAACGGUAUGUGCACCCAAGUUGGUUGAGCUGAAACUUAAGUGUGUUGAACCAGAGUCCCUUCAUCUGGAGACUCCUCUAUUAUCUGAACUUGAUGUUACAAUCAAAAAGGCUAGAGCACCCAUCGUAGUGGGAGAAAAACUCAAUUUGAGGUCUCUCAGGAUAGAGUCCUCGGAUCUAUGCAACUUGGCACAAGUGUUUGCUCCCAGUCGAACCAUUAAGCGGUUGGAGUUGGAAGCGUAUGGAUCUAGCCACGUUGUUGAUUUGGUGGAACAGUGCACUAUUGAUCUGUUGAGCACCUUCCCGGACAUAGAUGAACUGGUAUUGGGGCCAAGGGCUUGGUUUAUCCUCCCAGAAAAUCUCAGCGUAAGAGGCGAACUCAAGAAUUUGAAGAAACUGAUGGUUCAUCUAGCACCAGAAGAACUUGAUGCUGCAAUGAUUACCUGGAAAUUGACCCCCUUAUUGACACAUGCCCGUUAUUGCCAAGUUGUGAUGCUUAUUCCUGCUGCUGCCUCCAUGGAUAGCAGGACGCAUGUCAUUUCCAAGUGUAUCAGUAAUUUUCCGGGCAUAAGAUGGAAAUGGGACACAUGGAAAUGUGGUUGAAACUCUCCAUAUUAUGUCAUUUUGAUGCAUUUACUUCAUUUGGCAGAGACAUUGCAUCUGAUCAACAGUGGCCCAUAGCAGAUUGGUGGUUGUAAUCAAGCUGUAAUGCGCAUAUGAUAAACUACUAUUUAUUCUUGAGGUUUCUUUUAUGUAA